AUGCCAAAUGCCAACCGUAAUUCCCUGGAUGUCACUGGCCAAAGGGAAUCAACUCAGUCACAGCAUCACUUCAGUUCAGGGUCAACUGAGUCACCGAGUCACUUCAGUUCAGAAUCUAUAGAGUCACCGAGUCACUUCAGUUCAGGGUCAACUGAGUCACAGCAUCACUUCAGAUCAGAGUCAACUGAGUCACCGAGUCACUUCAGUUCAGAGGCAAUUGAGUCACCGAGUCACUUCAGUUCAGAAUCUAUAGAGUCACCGCGUCACUUCAGUUCAGAAUCUAUAGAGUCACCGAGUCACUUCAGUUCAGAAUCUAUAGAGUCACCGAGUCACUUCAGUUCAGAGUCAACUGAGUCACCGAGUCACUUCAGUUCAGAGUCAACUGAGUCACCGAGUCACUUCAGUUCAGAGUCAACUGAGUCACAGAGUCACUUCAGUUCAGAGUCCACUGAGUCACUGCAACACUUCAAUUCAGAGUCAACUGAGUCACCGCGUCACUUCAGUUCAGAGUCAACUGAGUCACCGAGACACUUCAGUUCAGAAUCAACUGAAUCACCGAGUCACUUCAGUUCAGAGUCCACUGAGUUGCCGAGCCCCUUCAGUUCAGAGUCCAUUGAGUCCCUGAGCCCCUUCAGUUCAGAGUCCACUGAGUGA